UAAAUAAACAAACCGAACGAAAGAAAUUCGUCGCACAUUUUAUAAGUAAAGUAUGCUUCUGGCUAUUUUUUGUGUUUCAAUUGCCUUUUGGAUGUGGGGUUUGGUGCGACUACUUCAAUUUUAUUUUGUUUCUAUCAAUAUAUGAUGAACAUGUGUUUGUGUUGUGCAUUUUUAACGUGACACCGGACAAACGAAGUGAAUCAAAAACUUUAGACAGUAGUUUUCAACAAACCUUGCUCAGAUAGUCGUCAAAUAUUCGUCUCAUUUUUUAUACGAAUAUUAUAUUCCCGCAUUUAAAUACACCUCGCACUGCCGAAAUCAUCGCCGAAAAUGAAGACCAUAUUCAUGUUUGCUGCACUUUGUGUUGUUUUGUUUUCAGAAGGAAUCAAUGGAAACAUAGUUGGGGAAGUAAUCGAUACCGUAGCCGCCACCAUUGAAGAUGCCCGUUGUAGACAAAAAUUCGAUAAUCCAUUUUCAAUAUCCCUGUGCAAAUUCGUUUUCGCUGGUAGUAGAAAACUCGAAAUCGAACCAGCCACAUUUAUAUUCAUUUUCAUUAUGAUCGCAUUCAUAUUGAUUUCAACAAUUAUAAAAUAUCUUUGCUAUCCCCGUAGAAAACGCAUCGUAGUAUACACAUCGAGAUCGCAAUCAUAUUGCAUAUAGAACUUAAAGCAUUUCAAAUAAAAUAACUGCCACACAAUUUCCAAAUAAGAUUGAAGAUUGAAGACACUAUUAUUUAUGUGGCCGAGUAUACUAUUCAAAAUAAUGUAAUGCUUUCUGAUUUCAAAUACGAAUAAAA